UGAUUAUGAACCGGAACGACGUUUUCGAGGUUGUUUACGUUUACCCACCGACGCCAAUCUAGAAACAAGCAAACACAAUCCACUUAUUACUGGAGGUAGCACGAAGAUAAAAUGUACCGACCAUGGUACAUUGCAAAAGGGAACAUUUUAUUCUCCCUAAUAGUGCUUUUAAGCGCUAUCAGCGGACCUGAGGCAUCUUUGACCGACGCCAUUUUCCAUGGUCAGGCGGAGGUGCUAGUUUCUCCUGGGCUUGUGAGAAAAGAUGGUCUGACGUUGGAUACAUGUGCAAGUGCAUGUGUUUCUGAAAAAUCGAUAAAAUGUCAAUUUUUCAAGUUUAUCAACAGCACAAAGACUUGUUAUCUGUCAGAAACAGAUCAUCCCAAGGUUAAACAUAUGGUCAAUGGCAAGCCAAGAGUUAGUAAAACUGGGUCAUCCAGCAGAAGUGAAAAGUCAACUAUGCAGAGCAAGUUUGAGGAUCUUGAAAAAUCCAUUGACAAACUAAAAAAUGUACAGAGAAAGGUGGAAAAUUUGGCAGAGACAGAUGAUGAAAAAUCAAGUGGCCUGAAAACCCUUCAAAAACAAUCGGUAAAACAAGUUAAGGCCAUAGUAACUUUGGAUGGUCGUUUGAGGUCGUUGCACUCUCAGGUGUUGGACAUCAGCGGCGAUUUGUCAGAAUUACAAAAAUCACAGAGAACCAUUGCAAAAAAUGUACAAUCUGUCAAGUCAUCAACAGGAAGUCUAGGGUCAAAUGUCAAACGGCUUGCACAUUUGUCAGGAGAGUUGCAAAGUGACGUGGAAGAUGUGAAAUUGUUCAACAGUAGCAUUUUGCGACAGCUUGCCAAAGUGUCACACAGCACAUCAAACCUGGACAGAAAGCUUAACAGGUUGUCCUCCUAUCUGCAUGAUAAGAGGAUUUUUAACUCAGAUGAUAUGCAACAGACUCAGUUUCGGAUCUCUAAAGGUAUGGCCUCGUUGGCUCACUCACAGAAAACAUUUUGGCAUCAGCUCCACGGUCUACAUCACAAUGUUGACAUGCUGACAGCAACACUUGGUAGAGAGAGCCAAGGACGUGGACAUACUCACAGUGCUAUCUUAAAUCUGCAAACAUCCAUACAUAAUAUCAAGAUGGCUUUGGCAAAAAUGUCUGAUCCGAUGUCUGUACAAAAUAGACGAUGGCAGGGAGAUGUUAAUAGUAUAAAGCAUGUCCUGUCCCAGCUGGCUGGGACUAACUCUAGACUUGAUGGCGAAAUGAGGGGCAAUCGGCGUGAGGUAGCCUCGGUCAUCAAAGACUUGACCAAUGUCCAGAUGGCUGUCCAGAGUCUCAAGUCAAACAUAGAUGGAAUCCGAUCUACUAAUGCAGACUUAGUGGAAUCUGUCCAAGAACUCCUGAAAACAAAGACGAAAAUUCCAAGUAUUUUGCAAAUGACAAAAAUUUCUACAACCAUUUUGAAGUCACUGUCUGCAAUAGAAAGAAAGGAGCGGAUAUUGACAUCCAGAAUGAAACAGUUUGGAGAUUCCUUGUCCAAUAUGGAGAAGAGAAUGCAAUCAAAAUACAGCAAUAACAGACUCCAAAAGCAUGCACUACUUCAAUUGUCUAGACAAGUCAAAUCUCUGUCAGGGGAUAUGCAGAGGAUAAGCAAGCUUGUGAUAAAUAUUCACAAAAAUCAACCAACAAAUGUGGGUAAAAGAAUUGAAGCUGUUCAAAGGAAACUGAUCUCUACAAUAAGCAAGCUCCAGAUGAAGCUAACAGACAUGGAGGUCAAAAUGAAGCGUGGUCAGAGUGCUGUUCAAAGUAGUUCGGUCAAGGCGGCAUUAGGAUUAUUUAAUAAGUCCACAAAAAUGUUGAAAACAUCUAUUAAAGCACUUAAGUCUGAUGUAAAGAAACUACGGGACAGAGAUCGGGCCACAGAGAGGAAGGUAGAUAGACUACAUGAGACAGUAAUGAAAGCUAAGAAGGGAAAACUUAAGCCUCGGAUUUUGUGUCCAAUGGGAAAACUCAGAAGAGGGAACAUUUGUGUUCCCUUAAAACCUUCAACUUGGAAAAAACCUCAAAAAGGAAGGAAAGGAAGGAGGAGGCCAGGUAGACGACAUAAAGGAAGGAGGAGGCCAAGUAGACGACAUCAUAGAAGGAGGAGGCCAGGUAGACGACAUCAUAGAAGGAGGAGGCCAGGUAGACGACAUCAUAGAAAGAGGCAUGUUAGGAGGCAUCAUAGGAAGAAGAAGCCUGUUAGGAGGCAUCAUAGAAAGAGGCAUGUUAGGAGGCAUCAUAGGAAGAAGAGGCCUGUUAGGAGGCAUCAUAGAAAGAGGCAUGUUAGGAGGCAUCAUAGGAAGAAGAAGCCUGUUAGGAGGCAUCAUAGGAAGAGGCAUGUUAGGAGGCAUCAUAGAAAGAGGCAUGUUAGGAGGCAUAACAGAAGGAAGAGACAUGUGAGAAGGAAGUAUGGAGGAAAGAAACAUGAAAGAGAAAGCAAAGAAAAGAAGAGGCCUGCUAAACACAGAAGGCAUGGCAAACACAGUAGCCAUCAAAAGUUUUUUUUUCCUAAAGAAAGAGGAAGAAGAGAGACAAAAGAAGAUGAUUCAUAUGUCAAAAGCUUCAAACGAGAGACAGAUUCAAACACAAAGGUUCAAAUAGCACUGCCUGAGAAGCAAGGACCAUCCUGUCCCAGUGGAUAUCAACUGGUGGAUUACUACUGCUUCAUGUACCUACCCAUGCCUAGGACAUAUGACAUGGCCAGUCUGCAGUGUCACAGUCAUAAUGGAAGUGUGCCUGAAGUCACUUCAAGAGAAAUGCAGCAAGCACUGAAAGUGUUCCUUUUAGCAGAAACUGGAGCAGAAGUCCCUAGUGUGUGGCUGUCAUCCAUGUUGUACAACUCUCAUGCCAAAAAAUGGUACUGGGAAAAUAGUGGUGAUCCUGUCUUGUAUGAAAACUACAUGAGGGAUCCACCUGCAGGCAAGGAGGGCGAGAUGUGUAACCAGUUUAGGGUUGAGUGGGAUAGCCACUGGUCAGCCAACUCCUGUAAUGAUCAUCUCAGACUACCUACUGUCUGUCACCAUCAAAUUGACUCUCUUCCACCUAUCUCUGGAAAACUUCCAUACGGACUGUGAUAAAUUUUUUAAAAAGUUCAUUGUUAUUCUAUCGCAUUACUAUUUUUUCUGUAUUUGUUCUUGUUUAAUGCUAAAAUAUAUUUGAAUUUGAAGAGCUAAAACGUUUGUGAUAUAACUAAAAUAAAAUAUUUUAAUAAUGCUA